AUGAACCAAAGAGAGAGCCUUUUCGCAGCGCAAAAAAGUCUGAUCGCACCACGGCUGGAUCCGACCCCCACGAUCACUGUAUGCACUAAGGAUCGGCGAAUAAAAUACAUCGUGCCUUCGGUUUUCGCUUCCCAGAGCGCCAGCUAUUUCCGCAAUCGACGUCUUCUGGAUGUGUCCACCUUUGUAAAAAAAGUCACUGAAAAGAUUGACUCGAAUGCUGCAAAGAUUUCCAACAGCUGCAACAAAUUCCCUGCUGGUGUACGCCUUGUUAUAAUCUCAUUAGUAUGUGAUUUGAGAAAAUAUCCGAAAAUGCACUUUAAUAGUAGGGAAAUUGCUACAGUCCUGCAAAUAUACUACACCAUUGUCGGAUUUAAAGUGAGGCUAAUGACUCAAAUGGAAUUUGAGGACUUUUUAGUCGGCUGUUUGGGGAUCACCAACUCACAUACACUGGCAGGUAUAAAGCGAGUCACAGUGCAUCUGCGUGAUGACAGAAGACGGUCCGAUAAACUAGGAAUCCCACCCAGUAACUUUGUCCUUAUGCUUUCCAUCUACCUACGUGGAAGCCUUCUUGAGAGAGCCGAACUCGCCUUCCAGAUUAUGGAUAUAGAUCGAGAUGGUCUAUUGCGUAAGCAGGUAGAGUUUCGACGCUUUUUGGCGGGGUCUUUUGAACCCGAAAUCGCAGCAACUCAUGCUGACAUCGAUCCUGAUCAACCGGUGCGAGAGUCGAUACAAUAUUUGGAAAGUCUUCCUGCUUCGGGCUCCGAUGGAGGAAUGAACAUGACCAGAUUUAAGGAAAUGACCUGGCAGGUUAUCUGGCUCCUUCUAAUUUGGUCUCUUCUCACCGUCCUUGCCGCAGGUAUAUGUUCCACCUGUUGCCUCCUGCCCUUCUGGAUAGCCGGAAGCGUUGAAGUAACCGCAUCUGGGGGCAAGGUGAGUAGCAAUGUGAGUCAUUUGGGUCUGUUUCGCCGAUGCGGCUACCUAACGUAUCGGUCGAAUGGAGAUGUGGAGUGGAUACACGGAUGUGGUUACUACCCCUCGUUGGAAAGUGUGCCUCACUGGGUUUGGCGUAUGGCUCUGGUACUCCUCAUCAUGGCUGCCUGUCUUCUCGUCUUCCUGGCGUUUUUUGUGAUUUGUGCAGGAGCCUGUACGCCUCUGCUACGAAGGAAUUCAAAGCUGUCGCGCGCCUGCUCCUACGUCUACCUCGUUGCAGAAAUACAAGUUCGGUGCAAGGGUGUGAAAGUGGCGGAGCAUUUUUGCCACAAUUCAAAUCCCGAAACACCAGAUAAGACGUACUUGACUUUUUUUUCUGAGUGGUCGACUGUUGAGAAGAAAAAGUCUGCGAAGCGCAGCAACUUGGCGACUGGAAUGCAGAUGAAGGACUGCACUGGAUGUGGUCUUGUCGAGUUCGAUUCGAUCAUCUAUUUUGCGAGUUUUUCUUGUGUUAUUCCCUAUCUGUGUGAGCUUGGGAAAGGAGCUCUUUGUCUUGUCGCUUGCUUAGUGUAUCCUUUUGGGUGGUCUAACAACUCAGAGAUUUUGCAAAUUUGCGGCCCUGGAAGUGGAAGCUUCAAGUUAGGUCGUUGCGAGGUUGGCUGGGCAUACGUGAUGACAAUAGCAGGUGGCGUGAUCAGUGUGGUACUGUCGGGAAUGCCGAACCUUCUACAGUCCCUCCUGCAACGCAACGCUUUACCACCACCGCUGCCACCCAGUGAUGCGAAAUACUCUUUUCUACCUCCUAGCCACUUCUACCUUCCCCACUUCCCUCCACCAUGGUACAUCGUGGAACCCUCAAUGUCCUUGCAUGGCAACGGCGGUGGUGUCAACUGCAAUGUUAGGAGACGUCCACACUCUCUUAUGGUCCCAUCUGAUUCCAGCGCCUUGUGGGAUCUCACACGUCGUCUUAGCUGCUCUGUUUUCUGCUCUAUCCCAGAGCAGCAGCAAGCUGAAUUGGCCCCAACCAAGCCCUCCGUGAGUCGACUUAUGAAUAUUUAA